CAGCUCAAAGCAGAAAGGCUAGAGGUUGAAGAAUAUUUGAGAAAUACAUAUUCAGAUUUAGAGAAGAAUAGGAUAGUAGGUUUUCCACCAGAUAUCCCUCCAUUAGGAGGUAUAGAGCAUGAGAUGGAAGUCACGCCACCUAGGUGGAAGGAAGUUCAGGAGGUGGUCAGGCAUGCAAAGGCUUCUUCGGCCCCAGGGCCUAAUGGAGUCCCCUACCGGGUUUAUAAAAGGGCACCUGAUAUCCUUAAAUUUUUGUGAAAACUGCUAAGAAUAGUUUGGGAGAAACAAAUAAUCCCAAGAGCAUGGCGUAGGGCAGAGGGUUAUUAUUAUUCUUAUUCCUAAGGAGAAGGAGUCUGUGGACCUUAGCCAAUUCCGGAUGAUUUCUCUCUUGAAUGUAGAGGGGAAGAUUUUCUUCAGUGUAGUAGCGCAGAGAUUAGCUAGCUACUUAGAAAGGAAUAGCUUAAUAGAUACUAUGGUGCAGAAGGCAGGAAUACCAGGUUUUGCAGGGUGUUUAGAGCAUACUAGCAUGAUCUGGCACCAGAUUCAGGCAGCGAAAAUUAACAAAAGGGACCUGCAUGAAAUAUUUUUAGAUCUUGCAAAGGCGUUUGGUUCAGUACCGCAUAGCCUCAUUUGGAGUGUGUUUGAGUACUUCAAAGUGCCACAGGUAGUUGUUAACUUCGUGAAGGCAUAUUUUCAGGAUAUUAGGUUGUGUCUAAGUACGGCAGGUUUCACAACAGGUUGGCAGAGGCUAGAAAAAGGCAUCAUGGCAGGGUGUACAAUUUCUCCAUUAGCAUUUACUAUGGCAAUGGAAGUAAUCAUUAGGGCUUCUAAGUGGGUGGUAGGUGGGGAGAGACGGCAGAACGGGUUGCAUCUUCCACCAGUUAGGGCUUACAUGGAUGACAUGACACUGGUGACCACAACAAUGCCAUGUACAAAGAGGCUACUAGAAAAGGUAAAUAAGAACCUCAAGUGGGCCAGCAUGAAGAUCAAGCCUAGUAAGUCUAGAGGCAUCUCGAUACGUAGAGGGAAGUUAAGUGAUAGGAAGUUUGUCAAAGAUGAUGAGGAAAUCCCAACAAUUAGGGAAAAGUCAGUAAAGAGCUUCGGUAGGUGGUACAAUGUGGAGUUGAAUGAUGAGGAACAGGUGGUGAAAUUUAGAAAAGAUGUGGCGGAAGGAUUGGAUAGAAUAGAUAAAUCAGAACUUCCAGGAAAGUUGUGGCCAAUUUAUGAAAUUCCAACAUCCGUUGUGGAGAGAAUUGAAAGGUCGGUUAGCUCCUAUAUUAGGAAGUGGCUGGGCGCUCCUAGGUGCCUAAGUAGUGAUGCAUUGUAUGGAAAAGGGAUACUUCAGCUGCCAGUAUCUAGUUCAACAGAGGAAUUUAAAUGUACCAAGGUCAGGACAGAGCUCUUGUUAUCUGGGAGUAAGGACGUGGUAGUUGGUUCCAAAUCCAACCAAGGGGAGGAAGUGGAACCCAAGAUCGGCAGUUCAUGAGGCAGAGGCAGCUCUUAGGCAUGCAGAGAUUGUAGGUAAUGUUCAGUUUGGCUGGGGAGGCCUGGGGCUUGGCUCAGGCAAACCGGUAUAGAAUAAAGCAGGUCUCAAAGAUAAAAGAAAGCUGGUCGUGGAACAGAUACGUAGACAGGAGGAGAUAUUAAGGGGUGCAAAGAUAGUGGCCCAGGCUAAGCAGGGACAGUGGUUGAAUUGGGAAACUGUAGAGAAGAGGAAGCUUAGUUGGAGGGACCUGUGGAGUAUGGAGGAGAAUCGUAUUAGAUUCCUGGAAGGGGCUACAUACGAUGUGUUACCAACCCCCCAGAACCUAAAACUGUGGGUAAAUGGGGACCCAUCAUGCCCAUUGUGUUCAGGUACCCUAACCUUAAAGCAUAUUUUGUCAGGCUGUAAAGUUAGCUUGUCAUAAGGCCGAUAUACAUGGUGACAUAACCAGGUGUUGAAAAGUUUAGCUGCAGGCAUUGAAGGGAAACGAAGACAGAUAAAUUCAGAGGGUUUUAAGAAUAGGAGUUUAGCAAUGCAGUUUGUCUGUGAGGGGGGGAAAUACAGAAGGGAUAAGUUAGUAA